AUGUACAGAGAAAACAAGAAUGUGGUGGUUCCAGGGGUGACACCAGAACAGUUUAAAGAGUUAAGAGAGAAGGCAUUGGAAGCACGAAAUCUUUCGUAUUCGCCCUAUUCAAAUUUCAGAGUUGGCUGCUGCUUGUUAACGGAAGAUGGCACAUUUGUCAACGGCGCAAAUGUUGAAAAUGCUAGUUACGGAGGUGCUAUCUGCGCGGAAAGGACAACGAUAGUCAAGCUAAUUACGAGUUUGAACAAUCCUUCGAAGAGGCGCCAAUGGCGUUGUUUGGCCAUAAGCGGGGAUUCGAUGGACACCUGCAUUACACCAUGUGGUAUAUGUAGACAGUUUAUUAGGGAAUUUGCACCUUUGUCACUACCAAUAGUGAUGUUUAACGGAGAUGGCACAAAAUGCUUGAUGAAAACUCUCGAAGAGCUGCUACCAUUGAGUUUUGGACCCGAUGAUUUGAUUCACUAA